UUAGCGGCAGCAGACGGUCAGCAGACGGAUCUUGCCCGACGGCUCUCUGAGGGCGAAUAAAGCCAAGUGUCCCGUGUUUGUCUUUUGUUUUCUUUUGUUUUUGUUGCAUUUUAAUUUGUCCUGAUGUCCGGAGAAGUGGAGGCGAGCACAGAGGAGCAGCAGGAGAUACAGGACACUGUUGUAAGUCCAGAAAAAACUGAGGAGGCCAAACUGAAAGCCCGAUACCCACAUCUCGGGACCAAGCCCGGUGGCUCAGAUCUGCUGCGAAAAAGACUUCAAAAAGGGCAAAAAUACUUUGACUCGGGCGACUAUAACAUGGCCAAAGCCAAGAUGAAGAACAAGCAGCUCCCGACAGCAGCGGCGGAGAAGACGGAGAUCACCGGAGACCACAUUCCCACCCCUCAGGACCUGCCGCAGCGGAAACAGUCUCUGGUGGCCAGCAAGCUCGCCGUCUAGUGGGAGUGUGGACUUGUGUCUCAGUGCCAUUCCUGCUGUCUCCAUCUCCAUUAUGUUCCCUCAACCUUUAUUGAUUUGUCUUUCUUUUGCUGUCUUUUCUUACUCUCUAUGUCUUCGGCCUGUAGAAACGCUCUCAGUAUAACGUUUUGAUACUGCUGCUAGCAUUGCACUUGGGUUUAACCGUACAGUCAGUUGUAGCCGUACAGUCAUCGAUGCCAAGGUUUAAACAUGGUAAUCUGGCCCAUGAAGUCAGAUCCACAUUAUUUUAGGGUUUUACACUUUCUCCAUCAUCUUUUUUGUUUGUGCUUGUCUUGAAAUAAGACCUGCAUGAA